CUGUAAACCAAAGCUUACAGCCUCCGUCUUAUUUUUGGGGUUUCUUACAGGUCAGUUUGAGAUUUAGACACCAGAAUGUCCAGCACUGGUCCAGCACCCACAUUCCCUCUUCAUGGACUUCAGGCAUUUCUGAAAGGCCAACCGAAAGCCCUUGGGACGGUCCAGAUAAUGAUCGGUGUGCUGACUUUCCUGAUUGCCAUUGUGUGUACAGUUUAUGCAGAAAUCAUCUUUGUCAUUAGUGGUAUUCCUUACUGGGGAUCUCUCAUUUACAUUACCGCAGGAGCACUCUCCAUUACUGCAGAAAAUAAAAUUAAUUCACCCUCCAGUUUGUGUUUGGUGAAUGCAUCACUUGGAAUGAACAUUUUCAGUACUAUAACCGCAGGGAUUGCCAUUAUUUUCAUUUCACUGGAUUUGGUUUUAGGGCCACACACUUACUGCAACGGUUAUGGCUGUUAUGAAUUAGUGAGAAUGUAUAAGGCUCUUUUCAGGGGAAUCAGAGGUGUAUUGUUGGUGUUCGCCGUGCUUGAGUUUAUCAUCUCCAUCUGUCUGUCAGCAUUUGCCUGUAAAGCCAACGCCUGUUGUUAUCCUUCUCAGGUGCAGUAUGCUUCUUUACCACCACAGCCCUCUGAUUUCAGGCCCAAUCAUUUCCGUGGUCUUAACAGCUCAGAGAUAUCUGUGGUCACCAGCCCUUCCAUUUAUCACCAGCCUGCAGAAAUUCCUCCGCAAUACUGUCAUGACUCCUGUCUGGCCUGCCCUCCACCACAGGUCGCAUUGCCAUCAUAUUGACACUCACACUACACAGACUGUUGCACUACACCCUGGACUACACUUGGACUACACCCAUGCUCCACUUCAUGGAUUGCACUUUCACCUGCAGCCAAUCAGACAUACUACAAAUAUGACGUCCCGACCACUGUUCAGGGCAGAGUAUUGUCUUGCGUUUAUCACGCUCCUCAUGAUAGCAACUCUACUGAGCCAAUUUCCAAGUUUCCUGAGUCUCGUUAGUCUUGUUUCCUAGUCUAGUCAUCCCUGUCUUAAUCCUAGCCUGGUUUUCUUGUCUUGUCUGCCUUCAGCCUGCCCUGGACUUUUCGCCUGUUGUGGAUUAACCCUUUGCCUUGGUGUUUCGGACUCUGUUCGCCCCUCAAAUGAACUUUAGACUGUUUGUUUGGGUUACCCGUUUUCCUCCUGGAUUACAUUCGCCCCCCGACUGACCCUCGCCUGUCCCUGGAUUACUCUUGCAUCUUGCCCUAAUUGUAUCUGUUUGCUGGUGUCGACCCUGCCUGUAAUUGACCAUGUCUCUGUUUAUAAAUUAAAGCUUGGAAAUGGAUCCGCCCGCUUCACGUUUCGUUUGCUCAAUUCAAAUUUAAAUAAAUAUGAAUAAAUGUUCCCUUAUGAAAAAAAAAAACAUAGGAAUGUACUGGAAAAUAUAAUGCAAUACAUUAAUUGGUAAACUUCCAUAUAUGGGAAAAGAGUUAUUAUAUUUUUCUUUAUAGUACAAUUCAUGGGCGGCUCUAUAUUGAUACAUAUAAAAACACACUACAAAAAUUAAGAAAAAAAUUAAGAGUUAAUGCUUGGGUUUACAUAUAGCUGAAUACAUAUUCUUAAACUCAGUGUUGGGGGUAACGCUUUACAAGUAAUGCGAGUUACGUAAUAAUAUUACUUCUUUCAAGUAACUAGUAAAGUAACACAUUACUUUUGAAUUUCUAAGGAAAUAUCUGAUUAAUAUCUGAUUGACAAGUCUCCUGUCGGGAAAUUGGGAGUAAACAUGAUGUUACUGUAUUCUAGACUAAGUAACGUAAUUAGUUACUUUUUCAGGGUGUAACGCAAAAUUGUAAUGCAUUACUUUUAAAAGUAACUUUCCCCAACACUGCUUAAACUUUUCUUUCCCUUUGUUUCCUGAAUUACACAUCAUAUAUGAAAAUAUGUGUGAUGUAUAAACGGAAAAGUGUUUACUGAAAACAAACAUUAAAAGUGUUUGAUUUUUGUACUAUUGGAUGUCUUGUUAAAAUGGUGGAAAAUGAGA